UUUCAGAUCGUAUCAAAUGUCGACAUUUUCGCGUCAAGACCAACUUCCGAGUCUUCCGGUUCCAUCUUUAGUGGAGACUUUAGAGAAGUACAUUGAUUCAGCUUCGGCAAUUCUGACUCCUGCCGAGAAGGCGCGUGUCGAGAAAGAAGCUCAUGAAUUCCAGCACUCGGAGCUCGGAGCUCAGCUGCAGUCGGCUUUAGAGAAUCGAGCAAAGAAUCAUAAGAAUUGGCUUGAGGACUGGUGGUACAACGCCUACACCGAGAUCCGUGAGCCCCUGGCUCCAUAUGUCUCAUUUGGAGCAAUGAACACUGCGUACAACUGUGUGGAUGGAGGACAAGUGAGCCGUGCCGCUGAUGUCCUUCAUCAUUGGCUUAGUGUAUGGGAUAAAGUUCGACACGGAAAAUGGCCAGUGACGUCAUCACGCGGAGUGACGUGGGAUAUGCAGCAAUUCCAUCACUUAUUCUCGUCGAAUCGUACACCACAGAGGACAAGAGACACUAUGGAUCGGUAUUUUAAGACAAAAGAGGAAGGAGAUACACCAACUCAUGUAAUUAUUUGUUGUGACGGGUGUUUUUGGAAGUUAAACAUUUUAAAUGAGGACGAUGACACCAUCAAGAGCCCAGAUGAGAUUUAUAACAUGCUGAAAUUCGUAAGAGACAACUCAUCGGACGAGUCUUCGUGCUGUGUCAGCAAGCUUACAACUACGAAUCGAGACGUUUGGAGCUUGAACCGCGACGAGCUGCUCCGUGUGAGCUCAGCGAAUAUAGAAUAUGUAAGAGCAGUUGAAACGAGCAUUUUGUUUCUGUCAAUGGUACCAAAAAAGGGUGGAGAUGAUCAGCAGAAGCUCAUGUCAAAUGCUCUUCAAGACGAGAGUUGGUUUGUCUGGCAGGAUAAAUCAGUGAAUAUUACUAUUUAUGAAGACGCACAAGUGAUGGUUCAAGGAGAUCACUCCAACAUUGAUGCUAUAGUUCUCCUUCAAGUUGGUGACUACGUGGCUUCUCGUGUUCGAAAGCAGCUUUGGCACCCUGCCAAAACAGGAUCCGACCUGCACUUUGAAUUUCCGGAACGCCUAAUCUUCGAGUUCAAUGAGCCGCUCAGACACGCAAUUUCGUUUGCAGAUGUGGAGUUUUACAAGAGUAAGCAACUGUACCGAGCGCGCGGCGUCCAUCACCAUGGGUACGGUAACGAGCUGUGCCGGACUGCCAAAGUCUACACGGAUACUGUAGUUCAGUUGGCUCUUCAGUUGGCGUUUUUGAAGACUCACGGAAGCUUUGCUCCGAUCUACGAGACCGCAUCAACCCGUAAAUUCUUCCACGGCAGAACUGAAACCGUGCGUGGGUGUACGUCGCAGUUUGUCAGAUUUGCGAAGGCGCUCCUGGGAGAUCAAACGGUAGCGAACGAGAAAGAGGAUCUCAAGAAGCUCUUCGACUCAGCCAUCAAUGCUCAUAACCAGCUCAUGGCCGACUGUAUGGAUGGAAGAGGUUUUGACCGACAUCUCAUGGGUUUGAAGUUAACACUGUCCAUCAUGAACAAAGGAUGUGGCCCAAAGCGUCAAGCACCCGAAUUUUUGCGAGAUGACACGUGGAAGAGGACGGGGGGAGACGGGAAUUUCCUGCUUUCCACGAGCUUCAUCGGCUACAUGGACGGGAAUCAACCGGGAACUUUCGGCUACGUGGCUGCAAUGCGACCUGACGGCUACGGUUGCUUCUAUAGAAUCGGCAAAUCUAGAAUCUCCGUUGCCGUCUCCGAUUGGGUCUCGUCACGAUCGAAUAUCGACGCAUUUUGUGCAAAUAUUUUAUGGGCUCUAGACGCGUUGGCUCCAUUCCUAACGCCUGCUCAGAAACUCUAAAUCUGCUGUAUUUUCAUGUUCAAAAAUUAAAUUUGUAAAUUAAUAAAAACCAGAAAAACACAUCAACUCUCAUUUAUUGUUUCCCAAACUCAAAAAAGCAAAAAUCAACUUUAAAUAAAUCAAUAAAUGAUGUAUUGAUCGAAA